ACUCAGCAACGCAGUGUAACAAAUAACCUGAGAAUAACCACACCCAAGGAUAAAGGAAGACAGCCUCAUUUUGCCUGCAUCACUCCAGCCCCUGAGCCAGCGUUGCCCCGGGUCAGGAGGGAGCUCCCCAGCUGAGAGAAUGCCCCUUGCUGAGAAAGGAAGAAGGAGGGGAGGAAUCCUGGACGGAACAUAUAGGAAACAGCUUUUAAAGCUGUAGAUCCUUCUGACAUUAGGAUUAGUGGUGAUACUGCCAGAAAAAAAAAUAAAUGCUGAUGUUGGAUCUUGCCAAAAAUCUUGUCAAGAGUGUGGAUUGUCUCACACAGAACGGAGAUGUGGCUUCUGAUUCUGGUGGCGUAUUUGUUCCAAAGAAGUGUGAAUUCAGGAUGUAUGCCAACUAAAGCCGUGGAUCCAGAAGCUUUCAUGAAUAUUAGCGAAAUCAUCCAACAUCAAGGCUACCCUUGUGAGGAGUAUGAAGUUGUGACAGAAGAUGGGUACAUCCUUUCAGUUAACAGAAUUCCUCAAGGCCCAGUGCAACUUAAGAAGACAGGUCCGAGGCCAGUGGUGUUACUGCAGCAUGGCCUGAAUGGGGACGCCAGCCACUGGAUCUUCAACCUGCCCAACAGCAGCCUGGGCUUCAUUCUGGCAGACGCCGGUUUUGACGUGUGGCUGGGGAAUAGCAGGGGGAACACCUGGUCUCGGAAACACAAGACCCUCUCCGUAGACCAAGAUGAGUUCUGGGCUUUCAGUUAUGAUGAGAUGGCUAAGUUUGACCUUCCUGCAGUCAUAAACUUUAUUUUGCAGAAAACCGGCCAGGAAAAGAUCUAUUAUGUCGGCUAUUCACAGGGCACCACCAUGGGCUUUGUUGCUUUUUCCACCAUGCCAGAACUGGCUCAGAAAAUCAAAAUGUAUUUUGCUUUAGCACCCAUAGCCACUAUUAAACAUACAAAAAGCCCUGGUGCCAAAUUUCUGUUGCUGCCGGAUAUGAUGAUCAAGGGACUGUUUGGCAGAAAAGAAUUUCUGUACCAGACCAGAUUCUUCAGACAGUUUGCUAUUUACCUGUGUGGUCAGAUGAUUAUCGAUCAGAUUUGUAGCAACUUCUUGUUUCUUAUGGGAGGAUUUAAUACAAACAAUAUGAACAUGAGCCGAGCAAAUGUGUAUGUCGCUCACACUCUGGCCGGAACGUCUGUGCAAAAUAUCCUACACUGGAGCCAGGCACUGAGUUCCGGGGAAUUCCGGGCAUUUGACUGGGGGAACGAGACCAAAAAUCUGGAGAAAGGCAAUCAGCCAACUCCCAUAAGGUACAAAGUCGGAGAUAUGAUGGUCCCCACUGCAGUGUGGACUGGGGGUCAGGACUGGCUUUCAAAUCCAGAGGACGUGAAGACACUGCUCUCUGAGGUGACCAAUCUCAUCUACCAUAAGAACAUUCCUGAGUGGGCACAUGUGGAUUUCAUCUGGGGCUUGGAUGCUCCUCACCGUAUGUACAAUGAGAUCAUACAUCUGAUGAAGCAGGAGGAGACCAGCUUCUCCCAGGGAAAGUGCGGGAUCAGGCUGUGAAGCAUCCGAUACUGAUGAGUCUUAGGAUUUUUCAGGAUUUCCAGAAA